ACACUGAGUUUGGGAACCACUGAAUAGCAGAGGUUGGAAAACUUUGUCUUCAAGGCACCCUAACAGUCCAUGGUUUCAGGAUAUCCACGCAUCAGCACAGAAACGUUCUGCUAAGAGGCCGAGAUGUCUGUGCGGUUAGAGGAAUAUACUACUAGCGAGAUAUCGCCCAUUCCUGUGGUUAUAAUAGGUAAUGGGCCAUCAGGGAUCUGCCUAUCUUAUCUGUUGUCCGGUUAUACUCCAUACGUGAAAGAAGGAUCUGUACAUCCAAACCCCUUAUUGCAAAGGAAGCUGGAUGAGUUCCCUGAGGUUCCGAUCACACAGCAGGAUCUGGAGUACCUGUCCGAGGGUUUGGAGGGUCGUUCCCACAGCCCAGCUGCUCUCUUGUUUGAUACCCUGCUCAGACCAGACACUGACUUUGUCGGAGAUGUGGAUUCUGUGUUGAGCUGGUCUCUGAGACCAGAGCGAGCCAUUCCCCAUCUGGUGCUGGGGAGAGGGCCAAUAGGGGGAGCAUGGAAUGCCAUUGAGGAGUCAAUGAUAACUCUUAGCCGUGGAGACUGGAUGGGGCUCCCAGAUUUAUCUUUUAAAGACUGGAUGAGGAUGAAAAGAAGGAACCUUAGAAACGACAGGUCCACGGCAGGUGACAUCCUGAACUAUUACCAGUACUAUGUAAAGAAGAAAAGGCUAGAGAACAAUUUCAUGUCUGGCGCAGUUGUCACCUCUGUUGUAAAAAUGGACAAAGACGUUGACCAUUCCCCUGGGAAUGAGAUCAUCUUGAGUUCUCCUGAGUGUAAAGGGGACAACAAACUCUUCAGAGUAAGCGGAUUUAUCAACAACGACUCUGGCAACAGCAAAAACUUCUGUCUCUAUGCAGAGAAUGUGGUACUGGCAACGGGGACUUACGAUAGCCCGUCUAUGUUGGGCGUCCAAGGGGAAGAUCUUCCCUUUGUAUCACAUCAGAUUUCUGCCCUUGAGGAAGCGGUAAAAGCUAAAAGGGUUGACCAAGACUCUGAUCCUGUGCUGAUCAUUGGAGCAGGAUUGACUGCUGCAGAUGCCAUCCUGUUGGCUCAUCACUAUAACAUUCCCGUAAUCCAUGCAUUUAGAAGACGUGUUAAUGAUCCAGCACUGAUCUUCAAUCAGUUACCACAGGUCAUGUACCCAGAAUACCAUAAAGUGCAUCAAAUGAUGAAGGAGCAAUCUGUCUUUCAAGGUGGACCCUACAAGGGUUACAUCAGCUUUCCUGAGCACCACACCAUUUGCUUCAAAGACGAUAAGAAGUGCAUCUUCAGAGACCAGCACGGCCAGCACAAAGUGUUCAGAGUCUCCAUGGCCCUUGUUCUUAUUGGUUCCAAUCCCAACUUGUCAUUUCUUCCCAAAAAUGGCAUACACCUGACGGUGGACAAUCAACACCCAGUAAGCUCCAGAAGAAACCCUCUUGAUAUUGAUCCAUUCAGCUAUGAGUGCAUUCAGGAAAAAGGACUGUAUGCUGUGGGACCUCUGGCCGGUGACUAUUUUGUACGCUUUGUUCAAGGAGGAGCUUUGGCUGUUGCCAGCUCUCUGCUAAAAUCUCAGGAGAAACCUCCGUAAUGAACGCAGCCAACUACGGUAUCUUCUAGAGCUAUCCUAGAUCUUCGUGAUCCAUACACAGAUGGGAUAUCUCAGCCAAAUAGAGGGAGACCUAAGGGGGUAAAUCUAAUAGACUGCGACUUGUGGGCAUCUGCAAAACCCUUGAUCAGUUUGGCCAAUGUUUAAAGUGGCAACCAUUUAAAAAGGCAAAACCAUCCUGGGUUUACCUUUUUAAAUGAUUGCCACUUUAAAACAUCGCCCAGACUCGCUGUAAGUGGCAGGCUAUUACAUUUACCCCCUAGUCUUUCUGCUGACUGUUUGUAUCAUAUACAUAAGCUAGCAUUUCUACAGCAAUCUUAAUAUGUGUGGAUAUGUGACAGUUACCAUUAUACAAAGCUAUAUAUUCAUAUACGUGAACUGCGUUUAUGAAAAGGGUUAUUGUACAAAUAUACAUAGUACAUAGAUUAUCUUUUAAAACGAGGAAAAUUUACUAAGGUGUUUUUUGUUUUUUUUAGAACUGUUGAUGUUCCUCGUAGCAGCCAAUCAGAUUCUACUUAACAUUUAUCUAGCUGCUUCUAGAAGAUAAUAGAUAGAAUCUAAUUGUUUGCUAUGGGCAACAUCACCUGUUAUAAAAAAAACAACAACUCACACCUUAGUAAAUUUACCCCCUAGUAUACACUUUACUUGUUUUAUUUUCUUACUCUCCUGCACUAAAGAAAGUAUAUUCUAUUUAUCUUCCCAUAUAUGUAUGGCUAUCCAACUAAAACAAACAGGAUUAUCUAAGACGAAAGGGCAAUUUGUAAUAGUUAAUUUAUAAAGGUUUAAAACCUUAAUAGAACUUUAAAUGUUCCACUCUGUAUAUUCAUCUCCUACUAGUUACCAGCCCGUUAAAAUGAUGGAACCACUUAACAGUAAUGUCAGCACAGACGGCUGCGCGCGCUCCAACACAGCAACAAUUGAGCUACUCCGUAUGAUGCCAUCUAGUGGCCGCCGACACACAAAACACUUGAAUUCCCCCCAUAGAGGUAUGGAGCAGCAUUAACCUUUUAUUAUAUAGGAUUUGAAGUGCAAGGUUGUCACAACCGUAGCCUGAAAAUUAGAGAUGAGCGGGUUCGGAUUUACUCAGUUCUUAACGCCCGAAUUAGCACAAGUUCUUUUUUUCUGGAUUUUUCUUAUUGGCUAAACAAAACACGUGACGUCCGUGAGCCAAUAAGGAGAUUCGGGUAAAUCCGAGUAAAUCCGAACCCGCUCAUCUCUACUGCAAAUAGGUUUCUCAAAUCUAAUGGGAAAGAGGAAAUUUGGGAAAAUUAAAAAAGACUACUUCCAAAACAGAAUGAUUUUAAAACGAUUAAAGUUAAACUUGAUGAAUUACUGGAUCCAAUGUACAAAUGCCUGUUUGUUUAUUGUAUGUUUGUUUUUCCUAUGUAAUAUAUAAAAAUGUGAAACUGCUAAUAUAUUUUUAUGUAUAAAAAUGAAAUUUUUAAUGUUUUCUAUAUUUAUGUUUUGUAUUCAUUUUUUUUAUAUAUUUGUAAAUAAACAUUGAUAUUUUUACAAAGUUUUAUAAACGCUUCCAAUAUUGAAAAA